AUGUCUAUAUCCGACACGGUCCUCCCAAGCAUUGAAGACCCAGAUUUCCUCACAACUUUUCCGAGCCCAGCCCCCAGUCCCAACAACCUAGAAAUGUCUCACAGUCCCGAUAUAGAACGGCUGUUGGAGACGUUCCCUGACAUUGAUGUCGAGAAAGUCCGUGACAUCAUGGCGAAACAGAUGCGCGAGUCCUCUCAACGCAUUAGCAAGCGUCUUGCUAGUCGUUCUGGCUGGUUCUGUCAGAAGCAGGGCCUGAGAAACCUCUUCAAGGACAUCCAUCUCAACGACACUCAGGAGGUCAUCAACAAAGAUGUCCGUCUCUAUCGAAACAUCAGCCAGAAGCACGGUGCCCAACACACGCUGGAAUGGGCCGAGCAGAGGGGCAACAACAUCAUGAUUGUUAGCCGUCUAUCUCGCAACAUGGGCAAGCACCGGAGCCAAAAGAGGCUCAAGCUCUGGACCGGGUUCCACAAACACAUACGCGACGUUAUCAACGAGCGAAUACAAGAGAUCGAGAGCGGCAAAGGGGAGCUUGCGAGAGCCUUCCACAUUAUUCAAGUCACAAAUACACCCCGAGAGGUAGCCUGGCACCUCAUUCGCAAGCAUCCAGGGACAUGCACCUAG